AUGGCUAGCCCUGUUCCUGUCGCCCCUGCCCCGCCUGUGACGCCCAUGGCGCACCCGGAGCCUGUUGUGGUUCUUGAGAAGCCUACGAUAGAGAAGUCGUUGUUCAACUACUUCGCAUCGUUGGACUCGAUCGUGCGCCCAGUGGCGGAUGCUUGCACCAAGUUGCAGGAGAUCCGUCGCUCGUUGAACCUGCCCAACCUCGGCACUGUGGAGAAGAUGCAGAACGAGGUGAAGAUGGUACAGACCAACAACUUCCAGUUUGAGGGUGCGCGUGCUGAUCUUACCAAAGGUUUGAACGUCAACCCGAUCUUCCAGGUGACACACGCCUUCACUCUCGGCGCUGGUGGCAAGAACGCCUACAACUUCGGCGCAGUAUAUGGCGAUGACAACCGCUUCUACCAAGCUGGUCUGGACGAUGCUGGUAAUGUGACAAUGCGUUUGAACCGUCGCUGGCUGCCCGGCCACAUUUCCAAGGUCCAGGCGCAACUCGCGCCAGCCGGUGGUCAGAGCUUUGUGCAGCUGGAGCACGACUUCCAGGGUGCUGAUUACAGCAUCAACUUCAAGGCAUUGAACCCGUCGCCGACGAACUUGACGGGUAUUUAUGUCGCAAACUACCUGCAGACGCUGACGCCGCGAUUUGCGCUUGGUGCCGAGGCUGUGUACCAGCACCCAAGCCCGGAGAUUGAGGAGGCCAGCAUUGGCUAUAUGGCCAAGUGGCUGGGCGAGAAGAAGGACUGGAUCGCUACGGCGCAGUGGCAGCCGCAGGGUGUUGGUCAAGUGACCUACUGGCAGCAGCUGAGCGACCAGGUGGACGUGGCCGGUGACCUUCAGAUGAUCUUGAUGCAGCAGCGUCGCGAUGCACAGGCCUCGCUGUCGGCACGCUACUCGUUCCGUAUGUCGUCUCUGCGGGCUCAGAUCGAUAGCCUGGGUAAGCUUACCUCGGUCUACGAGGCGCGCUUGUCGCCAGCCUUUGCCUUCACCUUCAGUGGUGAGCUGGACCACCUUAGCGGUGGUGCCAAGUUUGGUAUGGGCGUCUCGAUUGAGAGCGGCUCGGAGCCGAUGGACCCGAUGGCCAUGCCACCGACGCCGCCAAACGUGCCGAUGUAA